GAAGAUUCGUGGACGGCCUUUGAGAAACUCUUACUUGUGCAGUUGGUGUACAAGCUUCAGGACAACUGGUCGGCAAUAAGUCGUGAAAUGAAAAAGCACCCCAUGAUCAGUCACCCUGCAGAGUUUUUUACUCAAAAGAAUUGUGCCGCUGAGUAUAAAUCCCUGAUCGAGCCGUUAGAAAUUGAGGCUGAAAUAGAAAAUGAGAAUAAAAAGAAAUCGGGAGAUUUUUCUGCUUCGUUAAAUGAUGAACAUCGCAUGCCACCAGCAGCAAAAUUGGCCCGAAUGUUAUACCAAGAACGUAUUCGUGAAUUGAAAUCGAUGGUUUCAUCAACCGAGCAAAAAUUUCG